AUACGCUGUAAUUUGAUCGACUGUGCGGUGUUGGACUGAACCUGCUUGAGUCGCCGUUCAGAGAUGGCAGCGCUGACACCACCUUUGCGAGCCUGCCGAGGAAUACUGAAAGAAUUACGUGCCCUCCAAGGACCACGGUACAGACAGUCCCUGGCCUACAACUAUGUUAUGGACCAGUUUCGUAAGAAUAAGGUAACAGGAGAAAGGUACUGCCGUGCCCAGCAGGAAGCACACCAUGCCUCAGACACAUACCUGUGUUUGCUGGCAUCUACUAGGAACCACCUGGUCCUACACAACCUUUACCAUGGCAAAGGAGAGCUAAACCAAGAAGAAGCAGCUGGCCUAGUGGGGCUGAGGUUGCCCACUCAGCCAGGAGGUAAAGGUUGGGAGAAGUGAGGACAUGGAAGGAUGCAACGUUGAAAGAGAAACUUGACAUGCUUCAGAAAUGACUUGUGUGUGGCUGAUCUCGUCUCAUACAAUUUACCUCAUGGAAAAAUUUGACUGGAGUCUGGCAGACUAGACUGGAGAUUGUGCCAUCAUGGACUGCUUUGAGGGAACUCGACUUAUUCAUGUUGUGUUCAAUGAUCAAGGGGAGGAAAUCUGAUCUGAGAGUAUUUGAAACAAAUGUGAAAAUAUAAUCUAUGCUUUGAUUGUUUUAGCUGUAAAUAUACUGUACUAUACAGAUGUUCCACACCUGCUUUUGUUUGUGUUUUGGCCAUUUUAAAUGUCAUUUGGCAAAAGCAACCAUUAAGAAGGACUGUAAGUUUUCAUUUUGAUUCAUUUUUCCCCAUUAAAAUAUUAGUCACUGUUACA